AUGCUUUACUGCCUGCCGGACUGCAUGGUGGACUGCAUGUGUGGCUGCAGAAAGUGGUUUCUGGACAAGACCGGUCAUGAGGGCCUGAACAACCUCCUGGCAGCAUAUGAGGACAAGUCCGCCUAUGCUCUCUGCAUCUUCUCCCUCUGCCUAGGCCCCCAGCAUGAACCCCUCAGCUUUGCUGGAAGAACAGAGGGCAAGAUAGUCCCUGCAAGAGGCCCUAAGGAUUUUGGCUGGGAUCCUGUGUUUCAACCUGAUGGGUUUGAGCAAACGUGA